CAUAUAUAAGGAUCAUCUACCUGCCUGAAAAUAUAUAUAUUCUCCGGGAAAAUUGCAGACAUGGAUAAACCCGCCGUUGCCGUUGCCGCCGCCGCCGCAAUCUUUCUCUUCCUGAUUUCGUCCUCCUCAGCCCAUAGUUGCAACACUGCAAGAACAUUCACCGGCAACAGGGUAUACUCAAUUUGCAAUACCCUCCCUGUUUUGGAUUCUUUCCUUUAUUGGAACUACCAUCAGGCAAAUCACACCGUUGAUAUUGCUUACACUCACUACCCCGUAAACACCUCUAAUUGGGUCGCUUGGGCCCUUAAUAUCAACGGCUCUGGCAUGACAGGAGCUGACUCCCUCGUCGCCUUCCAGGGCUCCGCCGGAAUGCGGGCCUAUACCUCUCCGAUUGCAGACCAUGGAACGACACUUGCCGAGGGACCGUUGAGCUUCAAUGUCAGUUCCAUCUCUUCAGAAUUCCUUAACAAUAAUGAAAUUGUUAUUUUUGCCACUUUGCAACUUCCAGCCGGAAGAACUACUUUCAACCAUCUCUGGCAAGUAGGUCCCCUUUCCGGUGACAUUCCGGGGAUUCACGAAAUGAAUACAGCUAAUAAGAUUUCAAUGGGUACUGUGGAUUUCAUUAAGGGAGGAGCCUCUAAGAAAAACAUAAAUAUCCAUGGAGUGUUGAACACAAUAAGUUGGGGUAUACUGUUGCCGUUUGGUGCGUUGGUGGCUAAGUACUUGACGGUGUACAAAUCGGAAAGUCGAGAAUGGUACUUUAUCCACAACAUCUGCAAAAUCUCUGCUUACAUCAUCGGAAUCGCCGGAUUUGCCACCGGACUUAUAGUCGGCCAGCAGGCUCCGAUACGCAAUAUAAUUCACAGAAACAUUGGCAUCGCCCUCUUCUGCCUAGCAACCUUUAAGGUGUUUGUUUCGAUUUGUGAGCCAAAAGAAAAGAAAACAUGUCUUAUCUUUAAAAAGCACAAAGAAUGGUACUGGACAUGGUAUCAUUGGGGGAAUGGAUACGCUGUGAUAGUCCUGACUAUAAUAAACGUGUUCAAAGGAUUCGACUUGUUGAACGUGGAUAAGGGAUGGAAAGGGGCUUACAUCGUAUUAGUCAUCAUCUACGGCGUGAACGUGGUCUUCUUGCAGCUUCGCUCCUGGUGUAUAUAGUAAUUAUGAAAAGAAAGAAAGA